AGCAAGCUGCCUCUCGUUGCUUUUUUGGAUGGACAUGGCGGGAGAACGCCCGCCACCUGUUGCUGCUCCUCCACGCCUCAUUCACCCCCCCGUCGUCGCUUACUGCCCUCAGCCCUGGAGAGUCGUGCGGGGCCAACUUUCGUCACUUGCCUGAGCUGUGCUUCUGCGUACACAUGCCCUGACCGCCCGUCAUCCUGCCAUGCGCCUCGAUGACCGGACUAAAGCGCUCCCUAGAGGAGUCCUCGCACGAUGGAGACGGUAGCUCUCCCCAGGACGUCUCGCACGUGAAGCCUGCGUCGCCAACUGCCUCGUCCACGUCCAACUCGUCCGCAUCAUCGUUCCGCAAUGUCUCGGCCUGCAAUCGCUGUCGCCUCCGGAAGAAUCGCUGCGACCAGCGACUGCCCUCGUGCGCGUCCUGUGAUAAGGCCAGUGUCAAGUGUGUUGGCUAUGAUCCGAUCACCAAGAGGGAGAUUCCUCGCAGUUACGUCUUCUACCUCGAAACGCGCGUAGCGUACCUUGAAUCACUGCUGCAAGAAAGUUCAAUCACGUUUGCUCCGGCCGACCACUUCACGCCAACCUUCCAGUCUACCAAUGGCUCUACAGUGCCCAAGGCCGUACCUCCAUCUGGCGGGCCUGCGCAGAACCGCAAUGGUACCGCCAAACAGGCCGCCGGCCUUUCCAAGGAAGAGAGCGAGAAGUAUGACAGAGAGAAACUUACCAAACUUGUUUCAAACAUAGGCAUGGUCUCGGUCCAAGGUGCCAGCGACCCCCGGUUCCUAGGCUCUACCUCGGGCAUAUCCUUCGCGAGGGUCGUGUUCGCGGCUGUCAAGAGUUCAGUCUCAGGCUCGUCCUCAGAGCGCGGCAGCACCCGGGGAACGAAGACGCUGCCGGGCAUUGUUGCGGAUGGCGGCACUUCCAUGAGGGAUAGUUUUUUUGGCCUGCACACAAAGCCUGCUAUUCGACAAGCACCCUUCCCCGACCGCGAGCUCGCGUCACGUCUCGUCGAGUUGUACUUUGAGCAUGCGAACCCGCAGAUACCGAUUCUGCAUCGUGGCGAGUUCAUGGAGAUGUUUGAGCGCGUCUUUGCCGCAGGCGAGCGAAACAGGACCUCCCGAGAGUCCUACAUGCUGAACAUCGUCUUUGCCAUUGGAGCUGGUAUCAUCAUGGGAAGCUCCGACACUGGCGAUUCUCCGACAUCGGACAAUUCUGGGUCUCCUACCAAGACGAGGCCAUCUCCACCAAGCAACAAGAAGCGGCGCCUUGCAGGGCAGCAGCACCAACCAGAGGAAUAUCAUGCGUCUGCAAUUGUCCACCUCGAGAAUUUUCUUGGGUCCACUCCCGCUGCAGACCGCCCCGACGGCUUUGGAGGCGGACUAGAAGAGCUGCAGGCUGUUUUGCUGCUGGCAGGGUUCGCGCUGCUGAGACCCGUUGCUCCCGGACUGUGGUACAUCGUUGGUGUUGCUGUUCGGUUAGGAGUUGAUCUUGGGUUACACUACGAGGAUGGAGUGGGGAUUGAUUCGGGAUCGGAAGAUCAAAUAAGUGGGAGGCCGGAGCAAAAAGAACAAGGGAACAACUCAGCAGUAGCAAACAAUAGCAAGGUCGACGCAAAGGAAAGGGGCCGAAGGGAGUGGGUUCGAGAUCUUCGUCGACGAUUAUGGUGGUGCGUUUACUCGCUUGAUAGACUUGUCAGCACUUGCGUGGGGAGACCUUUUGGUAUCACCGAUCAGGUUGUGACGACAGAGUUUCCUUCGACGCUCGACGACCGAUUUAUCACGAAAGAGGGAUUUUUGGAGCCACUAGCACAUCAGGAAAAGCCGAGCUACAAAGUGGUAGCACAUCACUAUUUCCGGCUCAGACUUCUGCAAUCUGAGAUUCUGCAAGUUCUUCAGCAUCGCCAGGCUCAGCAAGCAAGAGCAAGUGGCGCCAAUCAGGGUAAUGACUACAUGCAUACGAAGCUUCCGUCACCUUUCCUCGUCAACUUCGAAUCCUUCCGCUCAUGGCGCCUCGACAUUGACAGACGGCUGCUCGAGUGGAGAGACUCAGCUCCUACGCAAUCAGAUGCUGGCGUGCAAUUCUCUCCCCUGUUCCUUGAACUCAACUAUUGGCAGGCCAUAAUCAUGCUAUAUCGGCAAAGUCUCGUAGUUCCGUCUGGGCUGGCGGGGGAGCUAGGAACAACAGACGGCAGCGUCGGAAGUCCCUCCGUGAUAAAUGUUGAAGAAAGAGAAGACGAAGAGCUAGUUUUCCUCAAAGUCGCCGAGGCUGGGCAGAAAGUUUUGAAACUCUAUCGGCAGUUGCACCGCGUACACCUAGUCAAUUACACCUUCCUAGCGACGCAUCAUCUCUUUAUGGCCGGAAUAUCGUUCCUCUAUGCUGUGUGGCAUUCACCCAUAGUACGAAGUCACUUAUCACUCGACGACGUCGACUUUACCGUUUUAGCAGCAACAUCUGUGCUCGGCGACCUAAUUGAAAAGUGCCCCCCUGCAGAAGCAUGCCGUGACGCCUUUGACCGCAUGAGCAAAGCAACCAUUCAGAUGUGUAUGUCGACGACGGGUUUUGGGCCUCAGGCCCUCCGCUCCAUCCCACAGUCGAUGGCCGCGGCCCAGACAUCCCACUCUCCAAGUACCACCUACACGUCCGCUUCAGAUGCCGACGCAAGGUCGGACACUGAACUGACAGGGUUCCCUCCCAACAACUACUUCCAGCAAACCAGAAAACCGAUCCCGAGAUUCGACAUGAAUCUGCGCGAUUUAUUCUCCGAAGACGAGACGGACAAGCGAUCUUUCAGCCGUAUAUCGAAUCAAAUCUCGAGCAUGCGACCUCCACCGCCCCCCCAGCCAAUCAAACAGGAGCCGCAGCAGAUGCAAGCUUUCAACACAGAUGCGUUGAAGAUAUCUCCUCAAUUGCGGAGUCAUCAACAGAGCUUCAAUUUCGACCCUAACCUCCGACCCCCACAAGCCUUUCCCUCCCCGCAGCAACAGCAGCAAAACCUCCCGCUUGUAUCCGGUAUGUCCCAGGCUCCAGUGUUGUCUCCGUCACACUCUCAACCACCUCCUACCUCACCCUACCAAAUCUCCAACACCCUCCCCUACAACACUUUCGCGCAAAAUAUCUCGUCCACUUACCCCGAGCUCGGCUUCUCAGAUCUUGACUUCCUCGACACGUUCCCCGUGCAGGGGAACAGCGUGAACGCCACAGGGGAUGCAGCAGGCGGGUUGCAGGAUCUGGGCUUCGGCAUGGGCUUUGGCGAUGGCACGCACGAUUGGAGCGAUGGCAAUGGAUAUGAUCUUUUCGAUGGGUUCUUCUUUGGGCCUGGGGGAACGGGUGGGGGUAUGUAAGGUUUAUUAACAUUGGGUAUUGGGUUAGGAAUAGCAUCAGGGCCGGAUCACGGUGAUCUCCGACCAGAUUGCCAGUAGCUAGCCAGAGUUCAUUGACAGUGUGGGUUUCUGUACGAUAUGACAAUGGUAUUAUGAUAUAGGAAUGUAGACGACUCAUGAUUGAAUAGAUCGGGAGGGAGGGUGACUUUCGGAUUCACGCAGGCGUGGCCUAUCAACGACCUUGGAUAAAGAUUAGUCAUGAUAAACUCAGCUGGUUGGUUUGUUAGUUUUCGACGGCUAGCAUUUCAGCAUGGAGGGAAAAGCUAAACCGGGACACGACCUUAUUAUGGAGCUUUGUGGCUUCCAUUCUUUAGA